AUGGUGAAAGCUCUGAGCAUCGCGUGCUUGGGCGUGCUGGGCUUCGCCGGUGCCCACAAGCCCCGCAGCGACGUGGAGAAGGCAUUCGACAAGUUCUUGAAGGAUUUUAGCAAGGACUACGACGACGUGGAGAAGCAGGCUCGCUUCGGUGCCUUUGCCGACAACUUCGAGUACAUCACGCGUGAGAAUGCCAAGGGCCAUUCCUACCAGCUCGGUUUGAACGAGUUCUCGGAUUUGUCGCUGGAUGAGUUCAAGAUGAACAAGCUCGGGCUGAAGCUUCCAGAGUCCGUUUGGGGAGAGCUGCCGAGCUUGGGCAUGCACAAGGCAAGCAACUCCUCGCUGCCCAGCUCCGUCGACUGGCGCAGCAAGGCCGUGACGCCUGUGAAGAACCAGCAGCAAUGCGGCUCAUGCUGGGCAUUUUCUACGACGGGUGCCUUGGAAGGAGCCUGGGCUAUCGCCACGAGCAAGCUUGUCUCGCUGUCUGAGCAGCAGCUGGUCGAUUGCUCCAAGAAGUUCGGCAAUGAGGGCUGCAGCGGAGGCCUCAUGGAUAACGGCUUCAAGUACGAGGAGCAGGCACCUGUGUGCACGGAGGACAGCUACCCGUACUUGGCCAAGAAUGGCAUCUGCAAGGCCUCCGGCUGCAAGGUGGGAAUUCCCGCGCACGGCGUCACCGGCUACAAGGACGUCAAGGCCGACGACGAGCAGUCUCUGAUGGACGCUGUCUCGAAGCAGCCUGUGUCCGUGGCCAUUGAGGCAGAUCAGAUGGCCUUCCAGCUCUACAAGGGUGGAGUGCUCAGCAAGACCUGCGGCACCAAGUUGGACCACGGCGUGUUGGUCGUGGGCUACGGAACCGAGGACGGCAAGGACUACUGGUUGGUGAAGAACAGCUGGGGAUCUACGUGGGGUGAAUCCGGGUAUGUGAAGCUGGAGCGUGGCAAGCCGGGACCUGGUGAGUGCGGCAUCAAGAGCCAGGCAUCCUACCCCGUUGUCCACUAUGAGAAGCCGCCGUGCCAGAAGGACGAGACCCAGGCUGAGGUGGAGGGUGCCGGUGGCAGCGUGUGUGCCCCCAAGUGCAACACCGGCUCCUGCCCAACGGACGUCCCAGAGGGCACUACUGCCAAGCCCAUGUGCAUCCUUCAGGACGAGAGCAGCGGCGACAAGUACUGUGCCCUGGCCUGCAUUGUGGGCGGCUGCCCCGAUGGCUCCAAGUGCGUGCACCUGUCCAGCCUUUUGGGUGUCUGCAUCUAUCCGGACUCCAGCUCCAGCAUGAAGCUUGGAGUCGUGCCCGAUUCCAGCGAGAUCACGGCAGAGGCCAUGCUCUCCGUGGCGCGUCGCUGCCCACGCUUCGUCGUCAACGCCUUCAAUACGAAGAUUGCUCCGUUCUCUCCCAGUUUGCAGCGAACCGAGCAGACGACAGCACCCAGCGACGAAUUGGCUGUUGCAUUUCUGCUCAAAGCCGUUGUGCGAGAGGACAACCUGGCCAAGAUGUCGGACCUCUUCCACACUCGUUUCCCGGGAUUGGUGUGCACAGUCACAGCCGGAGGAGCCGUAGCCGAGAGAAAGACGACAGCCACCCGAAUCUCGGGGACCCUUCGCCUCUUUGGGAUGGACCAGGUUGGUCAGCUCGCCAAAAUCUCGGAGGUCCUUCACGCCUGCGGCAUGACCAUCCUCAACUUGCAUGUGACGACCGGUGUCUGUGACGUGGAGACCUGUGAGUUUGUGGUGCGCGAGGGUGGUCCUCUCUCCGAGAACGUCAUCACUGUAGCAGCGAUGAACAAGGAGACCUUUGAAGAGGAGACCUUCCGAAACGAGGUGGAGGACGCCUCCCAGGAGGUGGGCUACGCUGUAACAUCGAUCAUCCUUGAGGGUGAGAAGCACAGGCCACAGCAACUUGCACGAUACUACCUUCGCCGCAAGAGCUUCAUGGGUGAGUGGGCCAAGGGCCACACGAAGCCGUCCUGCAUCCUCGCGGCGUCGUAG